AUGAAACCGAAAUGUUGUAUUGGAAAUGUUUCGAAUACUACAACUUGGACGUUUAGUUCAAUAAUGAAGAGCAUUCCGAUAGAAGUUAUACAACACAAUAUUUUCCCCUAUAUGGAACAUGCUGAUUUGAAAUAUUGUAGAUUGGUUUGUAAACUGUGGGACGAAUUUUGCCGAAACACAUCAACAUUUAUUCUAUUGAAUGUUCAAUUAAAAUUUGAUGAAGAACUGUUUCAUUUAAACAGAAAAGGAUUCGGUUUCCACGAUUGGACAAUCAACAAAUUGAAAAUUGUAAAUAAUAAUAUUGACUAUGAAUAUAUUUAUCAGAUUUUAAGAGAAAUUAAACGAAAGAGCGAUUUGGAACAUUUAAUUUUGGAUAAAAGAAUUGAUUUCAAUCAGCCAAUGAGUCAACUGGUAUUAAAUUUCCCAAAUUUGAAACAUUUUUCUAUGAACAGCACAAAUCUCACCAAUCAUGCUGGUUUGAUUCGAAUAGUUUCCAAUCUAGAAAGUUUAAAACUAAGAGUAAUGAAUUUGGAAAAGGACUUUCUUCUAAACUUGACCAAUAAUUUUGGAUCCAAUUUGGUAAAACUCAAAAUUGGAGCAAGUUUUAUUGGAAAUGAACAUUUAUCAUGUUUGACAAGCUGUAAACAAGCAAGAAAUUUGAAAUGUUUAGAAAUUGUUUCAAGGAGACAUGAAAAAUUUAACAUUGAGGCUAAUUUUAGUAAUUUUAAGGAAGUGGAAGAGCUGAGUUUGGAAUUUGGUGAUGCCAAUGGCGAAGCUUGUUUGAAUGAAAUUGUAAAGAUUGAGAAUUUGAGAGUUUUAUCCUUAUCGAGGAUGAAUCUGGGUGAUAUUUCUAAACAUUUUGAAAAACUGAAGAGAUUAGAAAGUCUUUCACUUCAUAAUUGUAAUUUUAAAGGAUUGAAUCAAGUUUACAAAUUGCAGAGAUUGAAAUGUUUGAGUAUUAAGGGAGGCACACUGGAUGAGCAGGAUGUUGUGGGAAUUUCACAAUUGGAGUUGACUAAAUUGGCUUUGGAUCGUUGUGGAAUCUCUGCAGAUUUGAUUUGUAAACAUUCAAGAAUGAAUUCUUUGAGGGAACUUUCUCUAACAGGAAUUCCGCUCACUGAGGAAGCAAUUUCAAUAAUAGGCAGAGAAUUUACCCAAUUGAGAACACUCUCCAUUAGUUCAAUAUCAAUGGAAAAGGAAAAACUUCAAAGAUUGUUAAGAAAUGAUUUGUUUAGCUCUCUAAGAAAUCUCUCCCUCAUAUCUUGCAAUCUCAAUGAUGAUCAUUUGGAAACAAUCUUGGACACAACAAGUAUUCUUUCCAGAUUAUCCAAUCUCAAUAUUGAUUUGAAUGAUUUUUCAGAGAAUUCCCUCAAAUCUUUGCAAAAUCAAAAUGCUGCCUCAAUGACAACCAUUUCUACCCGAUCUAGAAAGUCCAGUUUCAGCAAUUCUGAUCGACCUACCUCUCCCAAAAGAAGAGAAAAACAAGGAUGUCUAUUCCAAUAA